AGGUGAAGGAUUGUAUCUGCUUCAUAUCAAUGCUUUCUUGAUGUGCCAACAUAUACAGAGAUAUUAGUGGUUGCAAGCAAAUAGAGAGAGAGUGAGAGAGAGAUGAUUGAUCGAAAUUCAAGUCCAAAACCAAAUAGGAAAAUCAGAUAAAGUCCUGAGGGAAGAUUAGGACUUGAACAGCUUCACUGGUUUAGCAGGAAGGUAUACUAGCAGCAAUUAUCAAAGUGUUUCUGUUAUAGUGUGUGCUGCACAUCCGCACUAGGUGUGGACUGUGAAUAGAGAUGUGAAUAGAAAAGAGAAAAGUAUGUCAUAUGACAAGGAUGUCAUAGGAAAAUAAAAGAAAUAUAAGAAGAUAAAGUUGAUGGAAAUCAUAUGGAAAAAAAAUUGGUGUGAAUAUAUAAAAGUUGAAAAUAUAUUUAUGUGUGGGGUGUGCGUAUGUAUGUAUGUCUGUAUGAUCAAUCAGUGUUAUUUAAGGGUUAGUCACAUAAAUUAAAAAAAAUAAUUAAUGUUUUUUUAUGUGAUGAUGUCAGACACUACAUUAAAAUUGAAGCCUGCUUGUCCUUGGUGCUGUUGUAAUCCCCAUUUCCCCUUAAUACUUGAUUCCAUUUGUCGUUUCACUUGGAGAGACAUAUACAACUUGUGUAAUGUUUACUUGCUCAAGUUUCAUCAUUAUUGAUUUGAUUGGAGAUAUCAGAUAUAUAAUAUUGAGUAGUCCAUUUUACUCCCAUAAACAUGUUAGCUGUGUAAACAAUCAAAUUAAUAAUUCAAAAUGAUUGAGAUUCUUAGCUGUGUAUUUUUUUAAUCAAAUUAUACAUUCUGGGGACUAGGUUAAUUGAUCAUGAUGGACUAAUUUAAUGAGCAAAAUGUCAUUCAGGGGAUCUACUUUUACUAUAAAUUUCAUUCUUCAAAGAACAAGAUCUUAUGGCUCAGUCUCAGUUUUCCUGCUUCCCACAAUUGUCUUGCACUCUCUGUUGCUCCCUUUAUUCACUUGAUUAGCUUUAUGGAGGUGUCAAAGCUGUUAGCAGUUUUGGCACUCUUUCUCCUUUCUCUCAUCACCAAAAUUUUCAAACUCAGAAAGCAUCCAAACCUGCAUCAUCUUCCUCCUGGAACCACAGGAUGGCCUAUUGUUGGAGAAACAUUUGAGUUUCGAAGAAGAAGUAUUGAGGGCAGCAUAUCAAGGUUCAUACAAGAUAGAAUGCUCAAAUAUGACUCAAGGGUGUUCAAGACUUCACUGAUUGGAAACCUUAUUGCUGUGUUUUGUGGGCCAGCUGGGAACAAGUUCUUGUUCAGCAAUGAAAACAAGAAUGUCCAAGUGUGGUGGCCAAGCUCAGUGAGGAAGCUGUUAAGGCAGUCUCUGGUUAAUAAGGUUGGUGACGAAGCAAAGUUGACAAAGAAGUUGCUCUUGAGCUUUCUCAAUGCAGAAGCACUCAGAAAUUUCGUGCCAAAAAUGGAUACUGUUGCUCAGCAACAUAUAAAGACUCACUGGGAGGGGAAGGAGCAGGUGCUUGUGUAUACCAUAAUACAGCGGUACACGUUUGAUUUGGCUUGUAGCUUAUUUUUAAGCAUUGAAGACAGCCAGGUACCAAAUCUUUAUUCAACAUUUGAUGAGUUUCUGAAAGGGAUCAUUACAUUCUCCAUUAACUUACCUGGAACAAAGUUUCAUCGGGCAAUGAAAGCUGCAAACGCAAUAACGAAAGAAAUUAAACUGAUUAUUAAGAAAAGGAAAGUGGACUUGGAAGAAAAGAGGGUGUCACCUACCCAAGACCUUUUAUCAAAUUUGCUUGUUACAUCAGAUACCAAUGGAAGGUUUUUGACUGAAAUGGAGAUUAGUGAUAACAUACUAAUGUUGCUUUUUGCUGGUCAUGAUACUUCUAGAUCAGUGUUAUCAUCAGUCAUUAAGUAUCUUGGACAGUUACCUGAAGUUUAUGAACAUGUGUUGAAAGAACAACUUGAAAUUAGCCAAGGGAAGGAGGAAGGUGAGUUGCUGCAAUGGGAGGAUGUUCAGAAAAUGAAGUACACUUGGAAUGUUGUAUCUGAAGUUAUGAGGCUGUCGCCACCCGUGAGAGGUGCUUUCAGAGAAGCCUUAAAGGAUUUCACCUAUGCUGAUUAUAACAUCCCUAAAGGGUGGAAGUUGCUUUGGAACACUGGUUCAUCAUACAAGGAUCCAAAACUUUUCUCGAAUCCUGAAAAAUUUGAUCCUUCAAGGUUUGAAGGAGAAGGGCCUUCACCCUUUUCAUACGUUCCAUUUGGAGGAGGACCUAGAAUGUGUUUGGGGCAAGAGUUUGCUAGGCUAAAGAUACUUGUGUUUAUGCAUAAUAUAAUCAAGCGUUACAAGUGGGAUUUAGUGUUUCCGGAUGAGAAGUUCAAGUAUGAUCCCUUGCUAGAACCAGAAAAAGGACUCCCAAUCCGACUUCAACCUUCUCCAUACACAUAAUACAUUGAUUAGAAGCUUUAUUUCUAAGUUCUCACUUUAUAUUAAUCUGUUUCAUUUGCUUAUCAAUACUUUAAUAUUCAGCUUAUCCUCAUGUGAAGAAUUGUAUCUGCUUCACACACACGUCUAUAUAUAUAUAUAUAUAUAUAUAUAUAUAUGUGUGUGUGCUUUCUUGAUGCCAACAUAUACAGAGAUCUUUGAGGGUGCAAGAAAAUAGAGAGAUGAGUGAUUGAAAUCCAAAACCAAAUAAGAAGAUCAGAUAAAGUCCUGAGAUCUUUCUGUUGUAUUGUGUGUGCACAGUGUGGUGUGAAUUUGAUUGGUUGUAAUUGUUAUUCGUUAAAUUUGUUUCGAGCCGUUUAGCAAUGCUCUUUAUCAUAUUAAACAA